CCCCCCUCCACCCCAUUUCUACCCAAGCACAUUAUAUUCCAUACCAUACCGCAUAGCCCCCCCCCUCUUUCUCACCCUCCCCAUACCCCUUGUCUACGGUGGUCGGGAUCACCUGUCACUUUGUAGGCGAAGCUGCAUAUUCAGCCUUACGCCGUAUCCGAAAAGACCCUCCCCCCUUCUCACAAAACCUUCUUUCCUUCCAAUCCGAACUCCUGCCCCCCCACCCCACCGAGCUUCCCUGAAAGUCGCCGAAAUGGCCCUCCCCCCCAAUACCCAUGACUCUUACGCCCCUUACGAUAUUGUCACUGGGGCUCCUGUUGCAGAUGCGAAUGGAAGACAUCUUUCUUACUCGUCUUCUUCCGAUACGGGUGGUAGCAAUAGCGCUACAGACGGCUACUCAUCGGCGACGAGUAGCGGUUAUGUCGAUUACGGGCCUGCAGGAUAUCAUCAAGGUCAUGUCCAACAGCACGGGGGCAUGCCCCCAGUGCAACAGCCAUAUGUAACCCACCAUCAACAGCCAUUCAGUAGCCCUCCCCAACCCCAUCAGACGGGGGCAGCACCCUACGAACACACCGACAUCUAUGCCGCCGGAAUGCCACCGCAGCUUCAACACCAUCAGCAAAUACAGCAACACCAGCAUCAUCAGAUAUCGCCCACAUCCAUGAAUACGCCGAUCCCCCAGGCGCUACCUUCUGAUGCAGUGCCUGAUCGUGGUCACAGCAAUGGCGCAGCGGGUCCAGAGAACCAGCAGCAGCAGCAGCAGCUGAAGCAGCAGAAUUCGGGUCAACAGUAUCAACGUAUCGCUCGAUUCGUUGGACCUCCUCCGGUUGCCAAUGCCUGCACUGAAUGCAGGGCUCGUCAUCUCAAAUGUGACGCUGGAGUUCCAUCCUGUGGACGGUGCCUCGCCGAUAGGCGUGAGUGCUCGUAUGUGAAGUCUCGUCGUGGAUGGAAAGGAUCGAGAAGACAAAAGGUGGCCGCAGCCGCAGCCGCCGCAGCCACUGAAAAGGAGAAGAAUCCGCCCGACGAUGGGUCGGACACAGGUGGACAGUCAAGCUCAGCACCUCCACCACCUUCAGCAGCGGGGGCUACAUGCUCAGCGUAUUCGAAGAGUGCUUCGCCUCGGGGGCAUCCUUCUUCAUCCCCCGUUAACCAGAAGCCGAAUGGCUCUAGGGACAACCCGUUGGAGACCCUUCGAGCACACUACAACGGCAACACGUUGUUCCGCUCGCCACAGGAGCCCCAGACUAUGAUUCCGCUGACGGCAAACUUGAUGCAAUUGUACUAUGCGUACUUCCACUCUGCACAUCCGCUAUGUCUCCCUCCUCAGUAUCUUGCCAAAACCCUGCCCCAGCACUUGACUAUCGUGCUGCCGGUGAUGCGCUUCAUUGCCUCGUUCUUUGCUAGAACGGCUCCCACAGAGACCUUCCGUGCGGAGGCUGAGGCGGCAUUGUUCUCGCCCACUUCACCACCUCCGAAGAAUGGGUUCACUGUGCAAGCGCUCACUUUGUUCGCCAUUGGUCUUCACAGUGAUAACGACCAAGAGAGGUGUGCCGAGGUUAAGGACAAGGCUAUCGAGAUGGCCCUCGAUCUUAGAAUGAACUUGAGGGAGUUUUCGGAGAGCUCCACGGAUAAUACUGAGGGCGGUAAGGUACUUGCCGAGUGCUGGAGGCGAACGUGGUGGGAGUUGUACUUUCUCGAUGGGCUCCUUGCUGGGUUCCAUCAGAAAGACCACUUCAAGCUUUGGAGUGUGCCUUGCACAGUUCCUUUGCCGUGCGAAGAGCUUGACUACGGCCGCGGGGUAAUCCCGGAACCACACUCCCUCAAUCAAUUCGACGACCGCUACUUUGCCGCUGGGCAAACUGCCUUCAGCUCCUUCGCUUAUCGCAUCGAUGCUGUCCGCAUCCUCGGCCAGGUCCUUGCCGUGGGACAAAACAGCAACCCUGAAGACCAGAUGGCUGACGCAGCCGAUACAUCGCUCGUAAACUGGGGCCUCCACCUCCCGGACUGUAAAAAGGAACUCGUCGGAAAGGACCGCCGUGUAGAUGAGAUGCUCUUCCAGGCACACAUGGUGAUCAACGCGUCAACGAUCUACCUUCACAGACCAAAGUCCUCCUUGGCCUCCUCCCUAGUGCCAGACGACACGAGCUGCACCCCGGAGUCCAAGUACUCCACUGCUACGAAGCCCAUCGCUCUGCACACGGCAAAGGCGAUUCAGGCCGCUAACACCAUCUCGAAGCUCAUCACCCUUCCGUGCCCUCUCAUUAAGCACACCCCCUUCUUCACCUGCGUUAUUACCCUCGCCGCGAUCGUGCACUUGUCCGCUUGCUCUUGGCUCCUCCACGGCGACGAGGGCUUCCUUGCAAAGGAGCGGAUCCGCCUCGGCGUCGGUGCUUUGAAGACACUAGAGGAAGUGUGGAACGUCGCUGGAUGCGUGCUCAUGCAGGUCAAAGGCGUCGCCAGAGAGGUCUUUUCUCUCCAGGUACCCGAGGGCGAGCAGUUCACGGGGAUUAUCACCGAGGAGGAAGUGUACAAGUACAUUGAAGAGGAGAGAACGCUGGAGAUUGUUGGUGGGGAUGCGGAUUACCAUGGCUUGCCAUCCUUGGAUUGGAACGGGCAGAUGUAGCCCACCCCGCAAGAGGAAAAGGUCUGAUUGCGCUUUGUUGGAAAUGGUUUGGGGCGUUCGAUAUUUUCAUAUAUAUAUUCGUUCAUGUAUUGUGUGAUUGUUGUGCUUUUUUCUUUUUCUUUUUAUUGCCCAUUCAUUUGACUUUCGUUUGUUUAAUUUGUUAGUUUGUUUGCUUGUUUGACAACGUGGGAUCAUGAGUUUCCUCUUUUCUUAGUCGGUUUAGUCUAGCCUAGCCUUGUUUGGUUAGAGUACGCGCAGUUCCGUUUAGUUCUAGUCGUUGAGUUUUGGACUGGAAUUGAAGUUUUUUUUUUUUUUCCUUUACAAUCCAUCUUACUCG